AAUAAUAGUACUAGUUAAUUAUCUAAACAUUAAAAAUGUACAAUUCCGACGGCCGCCUGCCGGCCCACCACCGCGACGGCGGCAAUCUGAAACGCAACCACACCGCCCGUUACUACGUGCACAGGGUGAAAGAGAGCUUAACCACGAGGGUCUCGAAACUAAUCUGUACUGUUGUCUUGGGCCUUCUCGCCUGUUUGGGCCUCAUUUUCUUCAUUCUAUGGCUAAACCUCCGCCCGCACCGGCCCAGAAUAUUCACGGAAUACUUCUCCGUACCCGGUUUGGCCCAAGAGAACGGCUUCGAGGGCGCCCACGUCAUCUUCAACGUCACGGUGAGGAACUCGAACCAGGGGAUCGAGUUUAACUACGAUGCGAUGCGGCUCACGGUGGUCUACCAGGACCAGAGCAUCGGUGGGGCCUCUUUUCUGGCCCCGUUCUCUCAGCCGCCGAAGAACACCACCGUGUUCGCCGGCGAACUGAGCGGCGCGACGCUGACGGUGACGAACCAACGGUGGCAGCAGUUCCAGGCCGACCGGUCCAGGGGGAUGGUGCUUUUUCAGGUGCAGUUGACGUCGGUGAUUCAACUCAGGGUGUCCACGUGGUGGCACAGCCGCCGCCACCGGGUGCAUGCGAACUGCCCGGUCGGAGUUGGGAGGAACGGCGUUAUCACGGCGGCUUAUCAAGGGAGGAGAUGCCCCGUCUAUUUUAGCUGAUCAUUAACAUUCGGAUGGUGGAGCUACAUAAAUCAAAACAAAAACAUUGAUAUUUCAAAUUUUCGUUUUUUAUCUUAUUCUUACGAGAUUAUAUUCCCAUUUCCCCAUUUUGAAAAUUAUAAUUAUUCGAGAAAAAUUACUCCUAAAAAGGUUUAUGAUCCACUCUAAAGUUGUUUUCAAAUCAAUUAUUUAUCCCUUA